AUGCACACCAAAACAACGCCUCUGAUUCCAGUUGGAUCUUUAAGCAUCAAGAAGGACGAAGUUUUUACGGAAUCUAAGAAGAAAGAAGUUUGUACGGAAUCUGAAACUUGGAAUUCAGAAGAUCUCUCGGGCUGGAGAAGAUUUCGUUCCUUUUCAAACGACUCGGACCUCGACGAUUAUGCUGACACUUUCCUCCCCAACGACCUUGAAGCCAAACUGUUCCAGAUAAAAUGGCUCAGCCCAUACUUUCUACUAUGUCGAAGUUCAUGGAUAAGGCUCGAAUUCAAUGUCAAAGACAAAAAUUCCGACCGUGGUACUUUGAGGGUUUAUUUUCUUCCAGAUGAUGCAUUGCGCCGAACCGUUGACAGAUCAAACCGUUUCUUACUCAAGUCACGAGAGAAGAUCCUCAAACAGCUGAAUUACUCACAAGAAGCAUGGCAAGGGCAAACGGAUAACAUACGCUCUAGUCCUCUUGUGCACGAAUCCGUCAGCUCAAGCAGUGGCCAGGACGAAGGCAUGUCCCUCCUCCAGCUCUUCAACAAUAUUCCGUCACCCGCUCCUAAUAUCGACAGCACCGAGGAUAUCUAUAUCGGAUCAGCCAUGAGCAGCCUUUUGGAUGGUGAAAUUCCAGACCUGAAGUCAGAGCUAUAUCCUUAUCAACGGAGAUCGUCGGCUUUGAUGCUGCAAAAAGAGGUCCAGCCUGAGCAGGUCCUCGACCCUCGCUUACUUCAGCUACAAGACCAAGAAGGCGGAUCUUGGUACUAUGAUCCAGUUGCCAGUACUAUACUAAAAGACCCUCGCUACUAUGAUGGAGUCUGCGGUGGCAUUCUCGCUGAAGAGAUGGGCUCCGGUAAGACUAUCAUCUGCCUCGCACUCAUCCUUGCUACGAAAGACCUACCGACCCAACCUCCUGAGCAUUUUCGGGCUGGAGAUAGCCCAAAGAGAAAGCGCUUAGCUCCUUUGGCGGAAAUGGCUGCAUCUUGUGCUACCAGAAACUCGGUUCCAUGGAAACCUUACUUUAAUCUUUGCAAAGCGCAGUCGGGCUACGAAUACACACGUUGCAUCGAAGCAUUGGAGCGAAACCCUGGAUAUCACUUUAUACCUGCACCGGAUGUAAGGCGAACCGGAAGACGUUGCACUGAGCCAACGGAAAUGCCCAAGAAACGAGUUUAUCUCAGCAAUGGAAGCGUUGUUGUGGUGCCUUCCAACCUGCUAGCCCAGUGGAGGCAGGAGAUUCGCAAACAUACUGAGAACCUGAAGGUUCUGGUAGUGGAAAGAGAUACACAGUUGCCGCCGCCCACGGAUUUGUUGAAGUAUGACAUGAUUCUAUUCUCCCAGUCCCGGCUGGAAGCAUUGAAGAGACAAGGAGGACUCGGUGAGUCUCCUCUGUCACAAGUCCAUUUCAAACGAUGCAUCGUGGAUGAGGGACACAAGCUUGGUAAUUCCAAGAUAAGCGGCAAGAGUAACAUGCUACUCGUUUUAGACUCUUUGCACUUCUCGUCGCGCUGGAUUGUGACAGGAACCCCUUCCCAUGGCCUAUAUGGAGUGGACGCCCAAAAGUCGGCUAAACAGACAAAUGCGAUGCAAAAUGAAGUAGCAAACUCAACGAAGACUCGCAAAGACGAAAAUAAUCCUGAUCUCCAAAUGGAAACGAAGGAUUUGAUGAAAAUCGGCGCGAUUGCAGCGCUCUAUCUGAAAGCCCGCCCAUGGGCCAAUACUUGUCUUGACUCUGGAGACACCACAGCGGACUGGACGACAUAUCUGCUUCUUCCCAAACACAAAUCGACCGGAAGAGGCCGUUGGAGCAUUUUGAGAUCUACAUUAAACUCUCUAAUUAUCAGACACCGUCUUGAAGAGGUCGGCGAUCUUCUGCCUCCUGUAAAUGAGAGACUAGUUGUUUUGGAAGGCUCGUACCAAGACCAAAUGUCUCUAAACAUCUUCUCGAUGAUGAUCAUCUUCAACGCUGUACAAUCGCAACGAACCGACAUGGACUACUUCUUUCACACCAAGCAAAGAAAAGCAUUGCUACAAAUUGUACAAAAUCUUAAACAGGCAAGCUUUUUUGGUGGCCCUUUCUACUCACGAGAAGACAUCGUUAAAGCUGUCGAGACCGCUGAAGGGUUCCUCCAGGAAAAGAAAAUUCCCAUCAGCGACGAAGACCGCCACCUUCUUGAGCAAGCGAUACAGUUCGGUCAUGUUGUGGUAGACAACAAGCUCAAAUCACUUAGCAACCAGUUCCACGAGCUGCCAAUAUUUGUCAAGGGCUUGCCGCAUAACUUCAGCAAAUCCUGGUCACUGGAUGGUGAUACAGAGGACGGCAUGUGCAGCUCCUCAAACAUGCUUGUGGCUCUCCAGAAACUAGUUUAUAAAUCGGCGUCAAAACCUGACGAGUUCAACUCGCUGCUGAAUGGCCAAUUAGUUCAAGAGGGAAUCGACGAGAGGGAGCGCAUGCGUGCACUAGGCGACCCAGGAAACAACACACAAACAUUAGCUGGGAAUACGAAACUGGGGGACGAUCAACACCCGAGCAUACGUAGUCGUGGCUCAAAAGAAGUGAAGCCUGAAGUCGAAGCCAUCGUUGACGGUGCUCUUGGUCCGCUGGAGGAAGCGAACAUAACGUCUACUGCCUCAGUCAAGCUUUCCUACCUGAUCGAUAGGAUUCUUGAGUACCAAGAUGAUGAGAAGAUACUCAUCUUCUACGAGAAUGACAAUGUUGCAUGGUACCUAGCUGGGAUGCUCGAAGUUCUUCAAAUACAGCACCUCAUUUACGCCAAAGGCUUGGCCAUCACGAGGAGAGCCCAAUAUGUUAACACUUUCAACCACAACCCCAAAUUCAGGGUUCUAUUGAUGGACAUCUCACAGGCAGCGUUUGGUCUAGACAUGAGAGAGGCAUCAAGAAUAUUCUUCAUAAGCCCAGUGCUCAACCCACAAGUUGAGGCGCAGGCAAUUGGUCGUGCACGGCGCAUCAGUCAGCAAAGGGCGGUCUUCGUUGAGACACUGGUGCUCAAGGACAGCAUCGAAGAGGUCAUAUUAGACCGAAAGAAGCACAUGACACAGGCGGAACACCACCGUGUGCAGUCUAUCUUGGAUGUUGAACCGAUAUACAAUUGGAUUAAGAACGCACAAAUCAAACCUAUGCCGGUGGCUGGAGGCGAAGGCAAAGAAGAUCAAAUGGCGCCUCUCAACACACCCCAGUAUAUCUUUAGGAGAGGAUUUGGACGUACCAUGCACCCUGACGAAGGGCUGAUAUUGGACGAUUCCCCCACAAGGACUACAAACGGUGUAGGGAUGGCUUUAAGAUCCCGUGAGACGAAUGGACUCAAACGGACACUUGGUUUCGACACAGUUACAACCGGCGAACAUCAGAAUGAUGCCAAGGCCUCGUCAAACAACCCAGGAGAUGUCGCCGCGCGUCCUUCGAAGAGAGUGCGAUUUGCAGGCGGUUCGGAGGAAGAAUGA